UCUUUUCUCUCCCUCUAUUUCCAGCUGUUUUUGGAGCGUGCUCUCUCUCUCUUUUGCUGGGGGAAGUUCUCUCCACCAAGUGUCUCAAUUUAACAGGAGCUCCCUCCCUCUCUCUCUUCCUCUCUCAGCCCCUUCCUCCUCCCCUUCGGCCGUGACAGAGCACACCUGCUUGGUCUUGGCUGCGCGCGCUCUCAGUGCAAUUAUCGCUCGGCCCCUUGCAGUACAGUGCAGAAGGCUCACAGUGAUUCAGCCUAUAGCCUCAACUGGAUAUUUGGAAGAAAGACCAUCUGACCUCGGCGCACUCUAACUCUCUCGCUCUCUCUCCCACGCUUCUGAAGAGCACAGGCUCCCGGACAGAGGCACCAUGAGGUCAGCCUGUCUCUCCCUGCUCCUGGUCACAGCGUGCUGGUCACUGCCCUUCCGCCAGUCGGGCUUCCUGGACUUCAUGAUGGAGGAUGAGGCGGGCUCUGGCUCGCCAGAGGUGCCCAUCGACCCCAGCGUGGACAUCCUCACCAUGCCCGAAGGACCCAAGUGCCCCUUCCGUUGCCAGUGCCACCUGCGUGUGGUGCAGUGCUCCGACUUAGGGCUGAAGAGUGUUCCAGAUGAGAUCCCUGCAGACAGCACCCUGCUGGACCUGCAGAACAACAAGAUCACUGAGAUCAAGGAGAAUGACUUCAAGACUCUGAAGGGACUCCAAACCCUGAUCCUGGUGAACAACCAGAUCACCACAAUCCACCCCAAGGCCUUCAUUCCCCUGGGCAAGCUGCAGCGCCUCUACCUCUCCAAGAACCACCUCAAGGAAAUGCCCGCCAACAUGCCCAAGAGCCUGCAGGAGCUUCGCAUCCACGAGAACGAGAUCACUAAGAUCAAGAAGGCCUCCUUCGAGGGCAUGGCCCAGGUCAUCGUCAUGGAGCUCGGCUCCAACCCCCUGAAGAGUGCAGGGGUUGAGGCUGGGGCGUUCGGGGCCCUGAAGAAGGUCUCAUACAUCCGCAUUGCAGACACCAACCUGACAGAGAUCCCCAAAGGUCUGCCCUCCUCCCUCUCCGAGCUCCACCUGGACAGCAACAAGAUCACCAAGGUGCAGGCGGACAACCUGAAGGGCCUCAAGAACCUGGCUAAGCUGGGUCUAAGCUACAAUGAGAUCAGCCAGGUGGAGAACGGUUCUCUGGCCAUGGUUCCUCACCUCAGAGAGCUUCACCUGGACAACAAUGCCCUGACCACCGUGCCUGCAGGCCUGCCUGACCACAAGUACAUCCAGGUGAUCUACCUCCACAGCAACAAGAUAGGGGUGGUGGGCACCCAGGACUUCUGCCCACCAGGCUACAAUACCAAGAAGGCCAUGUACUCUGGCAUCAGCCUGUUCUCCAACCCCGUCCCUUACUGGGAGGUGCAGCCCAUCACCUUCCGCUGUGUGUUCGACCGCUCCGCCAUCCAGCUGGGCAACUACAGGAAGAAGUAGAGAAAAAGUAGUCCACCCCAGAGAGAGAGAGAGAGA